GUCCUGAUGAAUUCACUGGAACUUAUUCCCACGGUGCAAACCAACAGGCAGAAGCAAGGAAAUUCUGGAGAAAAAUCUGCAGAAAGCAGUGAGACUCAUCAAUGCAAAGAGUUAUGCCAUUGGCCCUGCAGAUGCCCACAUGUGCCAACCUGCAGCCCUGGGGUGAGCCUGGUGAAGGACGGCUGUGGAUGCUGCAAGAUGUGUGCCAAGCAGUCAGGGGAAAUCUGUAAUGAAGCAGAGGUCUGUGACCCUCACAAGGGGCUAUAUUGCGACUACUCUGCAGAUAACCCUAGGUAUGAAAGAGGACUGUGUGCAUAUAUGAUAGCAGUAGGUUGUGAGCUCAAUGGUGAGCACUAUAUCAAUGGCCAAGCCUUCCAGCCCACUCCUCUUUAUAAAUGUUUGUGUGUGAAUGGCGCAAUUGGAUGUACACCUGUAUUCAUCUCAAAGUCAGCACUUACUGAAUGUGCCACACUGAACAGUAGAAAGGAAUCUGAACAACCCAAAUGUGCUUCAGGACAGCAGAAGGAGCUGCAAUCGACAGGUUACAGAUUAAUGUCAGUUUUCAGAAGUGUACCGCUUGUUUUGAAGAAGAAAUGCCUGGUUCAGGCAACUCCUUGGACACCUUGUUCCCGAACCUGUGACAUGGGCAUAUCUGAUAGAGUGACCAAUGAAAACAAUAAAUGUGAAAUAAGAAAGGAAAAGAGACUGUGCUACAUUCAACCAUGCCAAGCAACAUUUCCAAAGUCCGUAAAGAUCCCUAAAGGAAGAACAUGUCAGCCUACAUUCCAGCUUGCCAAAGCAGAGAAACUAGUAUUUUCUGGAUGCACAAGUAGACAAAAAUACAAACCUACCUUUUGUGGAAUCUGCCUGGACAAGAGAUGUUGCAUACCCAACAAAUCUAUAAUGAUUACAGUGCAGUUUGACUGUCCCAAGGAAGGCUCCUUUAAGUGGAAGAUGAUGUGGAUUACGUCUUGUGUUUGCCAGAAGACAUGCAAUGAUCCUGGAAAUAUAUUUUCUGAACUCAAACUUUUGUAGACAAUGUUAAGUGCCAGCAUGGGAGGUUGUUCUUGAUAUGUGCCUUCCAAGUCGAUUACGACUUAUGGCGACCCUAUGAAUCAGCGACCUCCAAUAGCAUCUGUUCCAAACCACCAUGUUCAGAUCUUAUAAGUUCAGGUCUGUGGCUUCCUUUAUGGAAUUAAUCCAUCUCUUGUUUGCUCUUCCUCUUUUUCUCCUCCCUUCUGUUUUCCCCAGCAUUAUUGUCUUUUCUAGGGAAUCAUGUCUUCUCAUUAUGUGUCCAAAGUAUGAUAACCUCAGCUCCAUCAUUUUAGCUUCUAGUGAUAGUUCUGCUUUAAUUUGUUCUAACACCCAAUUAUUUGUCUUUUUCGCAGUCCAUGGUAUGCGCAAAGCUGUCCUCCAGCACCACAUUUCAAAUGAGUUGAUUUUUCUCUUAUCUGCCUUUUUCACUGUCCAACUUUCACAUCCAUACAUAGAGAUCGGGAAUACCAUGGUCUGAAUGAUCCUGACUUUAGUGUUCAGUGAUAAAUCUUUGCCUAU